GGUGGGUGCUGAAUGCAUGUUGUUGAGUAGAAAUUUGGGGACCCGGAAAUAUAGGUUUGUUUUGUAUCAUUUAUAGCUGGCAGAAGCUGUCUUUCUUUACCUCUUUCUUUCUUGGCCCAGCAUCCAAUUUCUUGGUUUCUUGCUUGUUAUCGCUGUUUCUCUCUCAAUUUACCCGACUUUUACUUACUUAGAGGGGUCCCUUCUUUUCUCUAUGUUCUUGCUCAGGAACCGAAAUUUGGGGAUUUCUAAUUGAAACAAAGAACCAAGAAAAGAAAGGAAAACAAAAAUGAGUGCUUCUAGGUUCAUUAAAUGCGUCACAGUUGGUGAUGGUGCUGUUGGCAAGACUUGCAUGCUCAUCUCCUACACCAGCAACACUUUUCCUACUGACUAUGUGCCUACUGUGUUUGACAACUUCAGUGCGAAUGUGGUUGUGGAUGGGAGCACAGUCAAUCUAGGGUUGUGGGAUACUGCUGGCCAGGAAGAUUAUAAUAGAUUAAGACCUUUGAGCUAUCGUGGGGCUGAUGUUUUCUUGCUUGCUUUCUCUCUCAUUAGCAAGGCCAGUUAUGAAAAUGUUGCAAAGAAGUGGAUUCCUGAAUUGAGGCAUUAUGCACCUGGAGUACCAAUUAUCCUUGUUGGGACUAAGCUUGAUCUCCGAGAUGAUAAGCAAUUCUUCAUAGAUCACCCUGGUGCAGUGCCCAUCACCACAGCUCAGGGGGAGGAACUGAGAAAGCUAAUUGGAGCUCCUGUUUACAUUGAGUGUAGUUCUAAAACUCAGCAGAAUGUGAAAGCAGUCUUUGAUGCAGCCAUUAAAGUGGUUCUCCAGCCACCAAAACAGAAGAAGAAAAAGAAAAGGAAGGCACAAAAGACAUGCUCCAUAUUGUGAUCGUGAAACAAAAUUGUGGAAAAGAAAAUAUGACCAACUGUAGGCAUUGAUCCCGUUAGUCAUUCACCAUCUCUCUUACAUUUUCCGACCUUGACUCCGCAACGGGAUUUGGUCGUAGUAUUUACUGACAGAAAUAGGAAGCACAUUAUAAGCAUCAAGUUGUGAGUUUGUUGCGUUAUGGUUGCGUUUCAAUCUGUAUAUUGAAUCAUUAUAUUUGUUAACAUGCAUGCUCCUGUUUCUUUAGGUCAAUCUGCAUGUAUUGAUUGGAGAUGGGAAAGUUACUUUUGGGAAAUAUUAAACUGUUUCCUCUUGUAUUAUGUAUCUGUAACUUGAUUUAGUGCACCUAAAAAACUUAAUAUAGUUAUGGUGUUUGUUAAACUAUAGAAAA